AUGCAUGCCCUUGGCUUCCUGAGGAGGAAACGGACGAGGGAGGGCAAUCAGGGCCCUUCGUCGACAAGCAACCCGACGAGCCCCGUAACCCCGACAUCGAGCAGCGGCUUCGACCUGUCCACUGCCUCGCGCGGCUCCCGCUCCAGCGCCACGUCGCACUCUACAACCCACCGCUCCUCCGCGCCUGCUACUGAACCAUACAGGCCGUCCGAAGCGGCGGCUGAGCAGCAGCGACAACCAAUGAAUACUCUACCGGUCCAGCAGCCCUACCCCCUGGGACAACACACCCCGUCUCCCGGAUCGGAUCCGCAGCACGUACCGCACGUCUCGAAUCUCAUCAACCCGCCGCAACACGGCGGGGCAGCCGGGUAUCAGCCGCAACAAGGGAACCAGUAUGCUCACUAUCCAAUAAAUAAUGGAGGGGCGGCGUCAAGCCAGCCGACGACAGUGCCCCAGCAGCAGCACCAGCAGGAGCAGCACCAGCAGCAGACCCAAGCCCAGACACAAUCGACAGCAGGAUCGGGUGAGGCGCGGGUGACGAAGGGUAGGUACUCGUUGGCCGACUUUGAGCUCCUGCGGACUCUGGGAACGGGUAGCUUUGGCCGGGUGCACCUGGUGCAGUCGCAGCACAACCACCGGUACUACGCUAUUAAGGUGCUUAAGAAGGCGCAGGUGGUCAGGAUGAAGCAGGUCGAGCACACCAACGACGAGAGAAGGAUGUUGGCCGAGGUCAAGCACCCGUUUCUGAUCACGCUGUGGGGCACCUUCCAGGAUGCUAAGAACCUGUACAUGGUGAUGGAUUUUGUCGAGGGCGGCGAGCUCUUCUCGCUGUUGAGGAGAUCGGGGCGCUUUCCCAACCCGGUCGCCAAAUUCUACGCUGCCGAGGUCACUUUGGCACUCGAAUACUUGCACGCGCGAAACAUUAUUUAUCGAGACUUGAAACCAGAAAAUCUGCUGCUCGACCGGCACGGCCACCUCAAGAUUACAGACUUUGGCUUCGCCAAGCGCGUGCCAGACAAGACUUGGACGCUUUGCGGCACGCCGGACUACUUAGCGCCCGAGGUUGUCUCCAACAAAGGAUACAACAAGUCCGUGGACUGGUGGUCCCUAGGAAUCCUCAUCUACGAGAUGCUCUGCGGCUACACGCCCUUCUGGGACAGCGGCUCGCCCAUGAAGAUUUAUGAGAACAUCCUGCGCGGCAAGGUCAAGUACCCGGCCUACAUCAACCCGGACGCGCAGAACCUGCUCGAACGGCUCAUCACGGCCGACCUGACCAAGCGGCUGGGCAACCUGUACGGGGGGCCGCAGGACGUCAAGAACCAUCCCUGGUUUGCCGAGGUGACGUGGGACCGGCUGGCGCGGAAGGAUAUCGACGCACCGUACUCGCCGCCCGUGAAGGCGGGCAUGGGGGAUGCGAGCCAGUUUGAUCGGUACCCGGAGGAAACUGAACAAUAUGGUCAGGGGGGACAUGAUGAGUAG